AUGGGAAUUAUCCUCGCCCCGUACGAUGACUCUAUGCGCCUUGGCCAGGGUUACAACUCGUUCCUCCAUGCACCAUGUGUAUACGAUGCGGUCAGGAUUAACCAAGAUCGUAUUGGCCAAAAGCCCGCCAGCAGCGAUGGAUCUGUCUCGCAGAAUGUCAACUACUCAUCGAGGUUUGUUGACAAGAUGUCGGACGUUGUCAAGAGUCUCAAUGUGAGCGCUGGUUCUUCCUUCAAGAAUGGAGGCAUCAUCGGUUCGCGCAAUUCUGUCACUGUGGACGAGACCAAGUUUGCAGCAAGCGACCUCAACGCCAUUGUCUCGGUCAAGGUGGUCAACCAGAAGACAGAGUUACUCGAAACGGCAGAGUUCAAGGCUGAGGAGGGCCUCAACUUGAACAGCGAGUCGUUUCUCAAGAUCUACGGGAACUGCUUCAUCUCUGGCUUUGUCGAGGGCGGGGAACUCACUGGUGUCGUGUCGGCCAAGGUGCUGGAUGUAGAAAACAAGACUGCUGUCGAAGAAGCCAUCAAAGGUCAAGUCAACAGCUGCUGCACUUCGUCAGGUCACAAGAUGGACUUUACACUGAGUGAUACUGAUUCCUUCUCUGAACACGAGUCGGCGAUGAGACAGACCGAGACAACCAUUAUGGUCAGUUGGUCUGGAGGAGGCCAGAUCAAGCCAGAAGAGGAAGAAUGGACUCUCGAGUCUCUGUACGCGGCGGCGGCAGCGUUUCCAUCAAGGGUGGCGCAGUGCCCCCAGCGAACAUGGGCCAUCCUAACUCCCUACAACCACACAAAGAACUUUGUCGUGUGGGCCAAUGACCAAGGCAUCCGGUUACCUCAGUUUGAGACGGCACAGGUCUAUGCCGAUGAUUUGCUAGACAUGUACAUGGAGUACAAGAGCUGCGUCAAGCAAAUCCAAACUAUUCUGGAGAAUCCCGAUGCCUACCUUGUUAGAGCAGUUGAAAAUGCCGUUGGUACUGGCAUAGGAGAACUUAUCAAGGCGCGAACCUCCUUGAAAGCCCAGAUGAAGGCAAUCAGCCAGACCAUAGACAAACUUGCUCUUCGUCCUGAAGACAUUGACGAGAUCGAGAAGCAGCAUCCCAUCGAGGCACCAGAACUUUGGGCCGCUCGGCUCCCAAUUCGAAAAGACCAAGCCAAUGAGACUCCGGGCCAGGCUGCAGGAGCUCUCUCGCUGUUCUCUUUUGAGUCAUCUGACGCAGAACCAGCCUUUGUUAGCCCCGACGUAGAAGCUUACAUGUCUACCGAGGAGAAAGCCGAAGUCUGGUCGCCCUACAACCGAAAGACCUUCAGCCACAUGUUCUUUGACAAACCCAUAGGGAAGCAUACCAACGGUUUCUUCUGUGAUGCUCUGGAAAUAGACGAAGGGAAGCUGUCCUCGCCGUGGCCUGACAAGUUCUGCUUCUACUCCAUGUUGGCCACAGACGUCAAAAGUAAUGUCACUGCGAAGUCGCUCGCUCAUUUCUCGACGGAUUACGGCGCAAGAUCCUUUGGUCAUGGCCGCUCGAUGCAAUACUCGUAUGAAUUCCAAGAGACGGCAAUUUUUGAGAUGCGGAACCCCGACGAAUACGUGACACGUCUCGUCAUGUACCCUCCAAUAGCCUCCGAGUUGGCCUCAAGUAUCACCUACAUGGUAUUUGAAACUAAUAAGGGAAACACUUUUGAAUGGGGCAUCAAGAGAGAAGGGUGGCACCUCGACUUGUCAGCUCCCCCGAACUGCGGCUUGGUGGGCUUUUACGGCGCAUCUGAUAGCAGAUUUCACCCAGUCCAAAGAGGACUCAAUCAGCCUUUCAGCAUCCCUGGACCUACUAGAACUCAGGCUCAACAGAAGCCUGACCCCAUUGGCGCCAUCGAAGUAGAUACUUACCAGAUCGCUGUUCCAAAUGGAGACUGCUCAGUCCACCUGCUGGUUGAGAGGACGGGCAGGCUUCAUGGGAAAAUCCUCAAGAGCAUCAUCAUGGACGGCGGCAACGACGGCUCUGCGUCUGCUGAACAAGCAGCUGAGAUUAUCGAGACAUCACUCAAGGCCAUCAGAAACAGAUACGACCAAGCAGAACCGCAGAAGAUUAAUAUUGACCGCUACGGUCGGUCGAAUCGCAUGAAAUACGACGGCAGCGAACCACUUACACAUCUGUACUGUCCAAACUGGGCUGGCCUUCCGAAGUAUGCCGCCGUACCGAAGGAUCCAAAAGGAGAUCUUAUCAAGAAGAGACCGAACGAUCUCUUCAUCGAAGACGACAACAGGCCAGGAUUUAAAGAGGAGGUUGGAACUGGUCAAGUCUAUUUCAGAAACCAUUUUAGAGACGGCUAUCCCCUCUGCAUCGCGAAAUGGGGUCACCGAAAACUUCUGGGGAUAGAUUUCUUCACAGGAGACUCUCCUUGGCACUAUCUCGAGGGGCAGCAGAGGGAGCUGACGGCAGACCAUGCUCGGCAGGACAUCUUGUCCACGGUAGACAAGAUGAAGGAAGUGGUGCAAAUGGCCAAUAUUCGAGACACGAAGCACCCACGAUUCGUGUGUAUAGGUGUUGGUGGCUUUGUCUGUGGGGCAAGACUGGACGAAAAGGCUCUCCGAGCUGCUCUCGCAGUAGAGAAAAUGACGCCAGCUGAUACCUGGGCGAACAUGUCGUCCAUCAUGUCUGUGCUCUACUUUCCGGAACAGAAUCACCUUUCGCUGUACUGGGGAGGAGACUCUAUUACUCCUAUUGAGCAGCCCCUCGCUAAAUCUAACUUCUUCAACGGGUACAAGUGCUCUGUUGCCAAGUGGUCUCACCAUGGAGGCAGGCACAGCAGCCCCGAAGAACUCUGGGCAAAAUUAAAGCCAAAGAGCUGUGUUGUGUCGCCUAACAGAACUGGAAGGUAUCUUCAUCCUCAUUUUGAAACGAUCCAGCGGUUUCGAAAAUACGCCCUCACGCAAACGACAAACCCGAUGAUAUAUUCUACAUUCUACCCUGGUUGGAUCCUUCAUCCCACAGAGUUUGGCCUGAAGAAGAUGGGCGGAUUCAAGGGCUUGAAGCAGCUGCGACUGGACUGGCACGCCGUGUCUCCCCUUCAACCAGAUUCCCUCGCCUGUCCAACAUAUGUUUUGAGAUCGGCAACUCAAACUUACGACUAUCAACCUGAUGGAUACACGCCGCCCCCAAAACCAGGGAGGCCUUCGACUAAACGAUCGACUUGGCAGAUUCAGUUUAUUCACAUCUUGUCUUCUGCUGACGCAAACCAGGACGGAACAGUCCGUCCGUUUGCAUUUGCUUACAAGUCGGCAAAGACAACGUCUACAUCUGUUGCUCCCAUGAAGAAUACUACCUCAAUAUUCAACCCACUGAACAUGACCACUGCCCAGAUAGUGGAUGUCGACAAUGACCCAGUUACUGACCUUUACGAUGCGCUCAUCAACUAUCAACUUGAAGACAAACAAUGGGCGCAUGACUCGGAAGAAGGUACCAUGGCUGUCGAGGAGGGCACUGGGCCGUCUGACAUUGACGAAGAAUUUAUUGUUGCGGACGUUACGGGCAGCAAUCAAAGCUAUAUACCGUUCGCAUGGACUGAAGAACAGCUUGGCCAGCAGCAUGAGUUUUAG